UCUUACCAAUGGUCACCGACAACUGAGUGGCGGGUCACUCAACUGAGCAGCGAGUCACCCAACUCGCUUGCACCUCUAUAUCGGAGUCACGUAGGCAUCUUGAGGAAAUGGGUUGAUUGAUUUUCUUCAAACAAGGCAAUCAAUUGUACUUCGAGUUUGUGAUUUCGUGAAUCUAAAUCUAUAUCCAUCUACUCGAGAAAUUAAACCAAAAGGAAAGAAGAAAAUGUCAGAACCCUCGUCAUCAAGAAUAAUUUUCAGAUAUUUCCAGCUCAUUGCAUUGAAAUCCUCGCCAAAUAAUCUAAACAUCGUCCAAAUUCUCACGUUUCGUACUUCGCUAUUAAUUUCUUCGAGAACCCAUUUCUCAUCAUCGCCCAAUGUUGCAAGAAUUUUCGACAAACUGUACCCAAAUGCGGAAUUUUCGCCGAACAGAAAUUUUAUUGGGUUCAGAUACUUUUCUUUAAAGAAUGCAAUGGGUUCCAAGAAUUUGGUAAAAGAUGCGGCAAAUCCAGCAGUGGCGGUUAAGGACACUUUUUUGUGGUACAAAGAGGCCUUCUGGAAGAGAAAUUAUCUGAUGUUGCUGGGUGCAGGUGGGAUCGUGUUUGAUAUGCAAUUAUUGGGAUGAAGAGCAUGACCGGCUGGAAUACUGAAAGGGAACUUCAAAAAGCAGAAAGCAAGCAAGCAAGCACCCAGAAGAAACUGAUUCACUGCAAUUUCCCAAUAGUUCUCAUUUUUUUCUUGUUCUUUGCAAUGAAAGGUUAGGUCCUUGAUCUUCGAAAGAUGUAUUUGACGUGCGGGUAAAAGGUCAUACUUCGUCUGUUGCGCUGUAGUUAUUAUCCUAUCAACUUUUUGCUUGUCACACUUUAAAUUGAAGAGAAACUAUAUGUUGUAUACUCGUGUUAGUGCUCAACUAUCUCUGUCGAAUGCAAAGACUUGACGUCUUGACCUAGUCGAGAAUACGAGUAUCCAACAAGAAGGUUUUUUUAAAUGGGUAAAUUACAGUAAAUGUUCUUAACUUUUACAGUUCGUCUCCAACCUUUGAUAAAUAUUCUUCUUCUUUACAUCACUGCAUCCCCAUUUUUUACAGUACAAGGAGGAUCUCUCUGGUCUUUUGCCAAAUAUGGCACUGAACAUUUUUGGCAGAAUCCGAGAGAGAAUUGGAUGUCAUCCAUUCAUUUAGAAGAACGUCGCCAAUUAUCAAAGGCUGGGAAUCCAAGAGAUUGGGGACGUAAGUGCAAAAGAGCUUUCUAUCCUGGCCCUAGAUAUGAGUCUCGCUCAUCCACUCCAACAAGAAAGGAUCAAAGGAUUGAGAGCAAUGAAGUAGGCGAAGUACUGAUUAGAUUUUGAGUUGUCUAAACAAGUAGUAUACAUGAUUUCAAGAGUUGAACAAGAAUGAAUAUCAUAUAAAAGAGUUAACACCAGUCUUUUCUUCUGGCAUUCUAACAUUUGUAUGAUUUAUAUUAAAAUUAUUUUUUUAAUAAAUUUUGAUAAAAAUUGAUUGAAAGAUUAAUAAAA